ACAGCUAGCUUAGCCAACCUGAUGCUAGUUAGCCGUGCGUCCGGCUCAUGGUUUUCCACGUCUGUAGGCCAUCUUUCCUUUAUGCGGUGGCUACUUUGUUGUGAGACAUGCAGGACAGGUACAACGAAAUAGGUUUUGUCCAGCAAAUACUCGGUUUGAAUUUAGUGCCGAGAAAAAACAGUACAAACCGAGGCAACGACACAUCUCUCAGCGACUUCUCAGAGAUGUGGUAUGGCGUGUUUCUGUGGGCAGCGGUCUCCUCUCUCGUCUUCCACCUGCCUGCAGCCCUGCUCUCCCUUGCAUCACUGCGCCAGCACAAAUUUGCCCGGUUCAUGCCCAUUGCAAUCCUCCUCAUGGGCAUCGUGGGACCCGUCUGUGGGGGAGUCCUCACUAGUGCAGCCAUAGCAGGUGUGUACAAGGCAGCAGGGAAGACGAUGAUAUCUUUGGAGGCCCUGGUUUUUGGUGUUGGACAGUCGUUUUGUGUCCUCCUCAUCUCCUUCCUCAGGAUACUUGCCACCCUUUAGCAGUGCUGAGGACCCGGGGUUGAUGUGGACUUUCUGGUGAAACCUAGCAUAAAUGUAGAGCAGACCAGCCUGGGUUGUGAUGUCAUUCUCUAUAAUGCAUCAGUGCAUCGACUAUCAAGAGAAGAGAAGUGUAUAAAAUGAUGUUAUGUGCUUAUACAGCACCGAACACUCUGACUAGGUGUUGAGUCAUCUGUACAAUAUUCACUGUAAGACGGCACAGUGCUGCAUUCACAUCAUAAGGCCUCCACACACUACACCCAGUGUAAGCUGCUCAUCUUGGCAUUGUGUCCCCAGUUUCUUCCAAAGUCAGGCGUCAAGCUUAAGUCCUCGAUUAAGGAGUCUGCAGUUAUUCAUGCAUGAUGUGAAGGCAGCAGGAUGCUGUUCUCUCCGGUUAGCAGAGCUUACAGAGGUUAGCAGGAUGACACUAACGUCUCUCAGGGGCUGUGUGUGUGUGCGUGUGUGUGUGUGCGUGUGUGUGUGUGUGUGUGUGUGUGUGUGUUUCUCUGCCACAGUUUGACUCCAUGCAGUCACUGCAUGGAGACAGAACAGCAGACAGGCUGAUGUAUUGUUAAAACAGGGAGAUAAGUUAUAUGCAAGAUUCUUGCUUUUUCUCUCGAGGCCUUAAUUUCUCUUUUCUACCUUCCAAAGUGGUGUUUAUCUUCAGGGCUGUAUUUCUUUAACACUCUCUCUCUUGCUGCUCCUUGUGUUCUUUCUUGUAUUUUUGGUUCUCAUUGUUUGACUGCCUGUGUGUUAAUAAUAAUUCCAGGUUAUUUAGGAGCACCUACAUGUCUCCUUCUUUUCUUCUCAGCUUAUGUCUUUCACACAGGGAUACAAGUGCAAAUGGUAUUAUAGAACUGUUUGUUUAGUUCUGAUCAUAUCCCUGAAAAUGCAGCCUGGGUCUUUAGAGUGUCUCUGCUCCGCUUCUUGAUUGUUUUGUCUUCAGGUUUGAUAAGGGGGCACCAGGAUGAUCAGAUUGCUAAACCAACUGAAAAGUGAUAUAAGCUUUUAAUCUUUUAGCUCUUUGAAUGAUUGUGUGUUUUCAGGUUUAUUUUGUAACAAUGAACUGAUUUGUAUAUAUUCUAAACUGUUUCCAGGUCUUUGUAAGUUUUCAGUCUUUAUGACCAAAUAUAAUUUUUCUGCACUAAAUGUGCAUAUAUAGGUUUCCACAUUGUGACUGCUUUUUAGUUGAUUUUGGUAUCUGAGAGAUGCAUUUACAGUAAACUCUACAAGUGAAAUGAAAGUGAUUCUCUUUGCUGUGUUUGUCUAAGUAACUACUUAAUAAUGGAUUAAGCUAGCAGAAAAGCUGUGAUAUGCUUCUUCACUAAUAGAUCCAUUUACUUCAUCUGACAUGUUUUCCCUAGAAUGAAUGUAGGGCCUCAGACCAAUAAAUGAGCUGUGGGCCCUACAAGUGAAAUAGAUUAUAAACUAUAUAUAGCAAAUAAGAGAUUAAAGGCUGACACAACCCUUUGUGCUUUAAAGUAAGAUUCAAGGGCCACCUGCAGCAGGAAGAUCUCAGGAAAAGGUCAAGAAAACUACUAAAUGUUAAAAGUACGGCAGCCAUUUCCAAUAGAUGAGUACAGACAUGUGCACACACUUUGGACUUUACAUAACUAGAAAUUUAAUUAACCAUAGUCAUAAGCUUUUGGCUGGAGCUGGCAUAAGACUAAACUAUUAACAUUUAGCACAUGUGCCCAUCAUUGUAGACUGUAUAUGAUUUUCUGAGUUUACUAAAAUUAAGCCAGUGUGAAAGUGCCUUAAAUGCUCCCCUCUGGUUGCUAGCGGAGGACUUUUCCUCUGGUUCCAAGAAGAAAUCUGUCCAGUCUGAGAAAAUGGUGCCAGAGCUCACUUGAAUUAUGACCGCAUUAAACACUUUCCUAAGAGGUUUACAGUUAAUAGUAAAAGUCACAAGUUAAUAAUAAAAUGGAAGGUUAGGUGAGGUUAUGCCUUAGGGUGUGAUUACCUUAUAUUUGACCUUGUUACCCAGUGAGCGGGCAUGGUGUCCUUCAGGUUCUCAGUCACAUCUGCCUUGUGUGUGUCACAUCCCAAUGAUAUCACUGCAGAAGGCCUAACUCAAGACUUCACAACUGUGGCAGCCAAACAAAUGGGUGAUGUCACAGCGGUUAUAUCUACAUGUUUAAGUUUAGCAGGAAAAUUAAAUCAGCAGUUAACCUGUUUAGGGAAAAGAAUGGAAUGACUGGAACUUCAUAACCAACUGGCCGGCAUAGUAUAAGGAACAUCUGUGCUGAGUAUGGCCUGGAAGUCCCGAGGUCAAAAUGGGAUACCCCCCCACAGGUGGUUGAGAAUGAGCGAGCUAAGAUCGUGUAGGACUUCCAGAUACAGACGGAAAAACUUGUGAUGGCUAAUCAACCGAACAUAGUAGUGAUAGACAAGCAGAGGAGGAAGGCCGUAGUGAUAGAUGUAGCAAUACCAAGUGAUAGGAGCAUCAGGAAGAAGGAACACAAGAAGCUCGAGACAUACCAAGGGCUGAGAGAGGAGGUUGGGAGGAUGUGGAAGGUGAAGGUAACAGUGGUCUCCGUGGUAAUCGGGACACUUGGGGCAAUAACCCCCAAACUGGGAGAGUGGCUCCAGCAGAUGAGAUCUCUGUCCAAAGGAGCACAGUCCUAGGAACAACUAAGAUACCGCACAGGAAGCCUCCGGUAAAGGACCUGAACUCAAGGAUCGCAUGUUAGUUUAUUUAUUUAUUUAUUUUAGCCUUUGACUCAGAAUUUUAUGUUAAAAACUAUUUACAUGAUUUCUUUUGCAUUAUUGUGAAAUACA